AUGAUUGCAGAAGUCCUUCUCGUUCUGGCUGGGCAUUCGUCCUCACUAUUCCCCAAAGACCAUACCAUCCACCCCGCAUUCCAAUCCCUCCUUCAUCCAGGCGAACAGCAAUGUCUUGAAGCUCUUGGCCAUAUCGCGUUUCGCUACCGCAAAAUCAAGCGCGCAUGUUCCCUCCUCGCGCGCUCACCCUCGCGCUACAUCUGCGCACUGUGUUCGACGUUGAACCAGAUACUCAAAGACGAGUACGAGACUCUCGUUAUUGAUACAGAGGCGAAGGUGCUCAAGCGCGAUGCGAGCCUGGUUGCAAGCGGAUCUUUUGUGCCACUUUCUUCUAUCCGUGCAGCCUUUGCUGAAUGGGACGCGCCUUUCAUUGCCCUUGAGUCCCUGGUUGAUCAACUUCAGUCUCAGACUGAGUGGAAACCUGGCCCUCUUAUUGACAUGCUUCUUAUGCGCUCGCUGACCGGUACUCAUCGGAUCGCAGCCAUCGUCUCUCGUCUUUCAUCAGCUGUACAGCGUGUCUGGCGAACACAGUUGAUCGCAUUCUUGGUUCAUGGAACUCUAUCAUCUGCAGAGCCCUUGGCUUCAAAAGAUUAUACUCUUCUUGAUGGCUCCAUUCCAUCGUGCGUGUCUCUCCAGUCACGCAACUCGAUUGCGUACGUUGGUCGUGCGAUCGGGACUGUCAAAAGCGCCAAAUGGCAAGAGCAGCCUCCUAGAAGUCUUGCUUCGGAGCAUACACAGCUCCUUGAAGGCGUCCUUGCCGAAGAUCAGUACGAAUUUGAUCGGGUUAUUGCUGAGAUUCGGACAAAUAUCAGCGAAUGGCUCUGGCUUCAUGUGCUGACUCGAAAAGACGUUGAAGAUGCUGUCGAUUCCCUUGCGAAUUACUUCUUUAUUCGCAAUGGUGAAUUUAGCCUUUCGCUGAUUCGAGAACUCGAACGAUUAAAGCUGUCCCGAUUAACGGGCCGUACAGGACCUUCAACUAUUAUUCGGGAGCAGGAUCUUCAGCUAGCGCUCCUGCGAGCCUCGCUUGGGACAAGUGCUCAGCUUGAUCCCUCUCUAUCCCGCCUCCGUUUCCACCUUCCUUCUGGACCCCUUCGCCCACUUCUUCCGACCUUGAAGGAACCAAAGGACCUUGCAUCCUCUAUCAAUAGCAAUGUUCUUGAGGAGACCACUUUUGAUGACCUCCUCCUUGGAACACCACUGUGCCUCAGUUACAAAGUGGAGUGGCCGCUCGAUCUGUUUUUGCAACCACAUGAUCUACAAACGUACCGCGUCCUCUUUGCUUAUCUGUCGUCCCUUCGCAAAACUCAUACCCGGAUACAUGCCUGUUGGACCUCUCUUUCCAAUUCGCAGCGCGCGAGGCGGCGGUGGACUGGCCUCGGAGAAGGGGGGACGGUGGAAGACCUCGACGAUCGAAAGCUCCUUCUACGAUGUGGCUGGGGUGUUGUGAGAGAGAUGAGCUGGUUUCUGGACAAUAUGCUCGAGUAUGUGAUGACAGAUGUCGUCGACGUCGAGUUUCGGAGGCUUAGGCGACUGUUGACCGUUCCUCCGACAACCCAAUCAAUCUCUUCGCUCUUUGACCCGAAUGCCAUCGCUGCUUCUGCACCUCUCGAUUUCUCUACCCUGCGCAAUAUGCAUAGCACCUAUCUUGAACGACUGUUGACAGGUACUCUGCUCUCUAAUACGGCAUUGACGGCGAUAGUUAGGCCUAUCUUUGAGUUGUGCGAGCAAUUCGUGGCGCAGGUAGAGCGGUGGGGCGGUGACAUUCUUCCAGCCCUUUUAUUUGAAGGAAGCCUGGCCGAGGGUGGAGACAAAGUGGGCGAGAUGGUCAAGGAGCGUUGGAAAAUAGUGGCGGAUAUCAACGAAGUAUUUCAUUCCCUGACGGAAGCCUUCUAUGAGCAGCUGUCGCUUUCGACAUCUCAGCAGUCGCUGAGAACAGAUGCCUCGAAAUCCGUGCUGCUGAGCAACACUGUCAACACUUCCCUUUUCCCGCACCUGCACACAUCUAUUCGGAUGAAAGACGGGAAACGGUUUGAAGGUGAUGGCGACGUGCGUCGACAUGUCGAACGGCUGCUAUUGCGACUGGAUUUCAACGGCAAGUUCUCGAAGCCAAAGAUGGGGAAAGAGGUUGCUUCGGGUAUCCUGAAACAGGGUGGCCUUACAUGA